AAACUAGGGGAGGCUGGUAACGCGAGAAAGGGGUGUGUUUCAUGUUGUUGUAUUAAAUAAUUUUAAAGAAAAACAACGGUUUUGGACAAAUUUGACUCGUGCGAUGAUUCAAUAAUUUUAAUUAAUGUGUGAACUCAUAACGACUGUUAGGUGGAAAAAAUAAAAUAUUGCAAUGAAUCUCUCCAUAACUCGAUUAAUUUUUUCAACUAAACAUUUUUUAAGGACUUGUUGCUGAAAUAUAAUUUUAAAAAUGUCUUGGGAAUCUCUCAACUCACAUCAUGAUUAUCUAAGUAACUUCAAUAUUGGGCACCAGCUUUCGGCUACUAGACUUCUUUCGUCUCCAGAUGGCUCUCGUCAUCCCCUCGAUGGCCUUGAACAAGUAUGGCCUUGGACCAAUUCUUACUCCAGUCUUCAUAGAGAUAAUUACACAGAAGUAAGAACCCCGCGUCCACCAAGAUUCACUUGGGGAUGCUUUCAAGCUUGUAGAGCUAAAAUUCAUCAUAGUUUUGCUAAAAGAAAGGUUAACCAGGGUCUUCGAUUAUACAAUCAACAUAAGCAACAACAAGCAGUUAGAAAAUGGAAAUCAGCUCUCAAGGCCAUUCAAAAACGGGAGGAUAAAUUCAAUUUACUUGGAUACCUUUAUCUAGCUUACAUGGAUUGGGGCAAAUACAGAGAUGCCUUAGAAUAUGCACAUAGACAACUUUUCAUAUCUGAAGAGCUAGAUAGUCCAAAUAUGAGAGCAGAGUCUUAUCUAAACCUAGCAAAAGCACAUCAACGUUUAGGAGGAUUGGAAAGGGCAUUAGCUUACGCACGUCAUUCUUUGUAUAAUGAAUGCGAACAACACGCGACUACAGGUCAUGUGCAUCUUACUGUGGGAUCCGUCUAUUUGGAAUUAGCUGGAUUCAAUAAAGCUCUCGAUAGUUUCCAACACGCACACAGAAUUGCUCAAUCUGUUCACGACCCAGCUUUAGAAUUACAAGUAUACUUAGGGCUUUCAGAACUGUUCAACAGACUUCAAGACGUUGACAAAAGCGCUAAAUAUGCCUCUAAAGCUUACGAUCUCUCUCGGUCCCUACAAUUGGGAGAUUUAAAUUCAAGACAUCACAGGGCUGCCCUUCUUCAAAUGGCUUCAGCACUUAGAAAGCAGGGAGAAUUAGGAGACGCACAUGAUUAUUGUUCGGAGGCAACGAGAUUAGCUUUAGUUUCUGGAGACCAAGCAACAUAUGCCAGAAGUAUAAGAAUUAUGGGUGACAUUUAUAGAAAAAAGUCUGAUAUUAACAAAGCUUUUCGUCAAUAUGAAACAGCCAUGGGCUCGGCAGCUGCUAUGGGAGAUAGAGUCAUCCAAAUGGAAUCUAUGGAUGGUGCAGCAAGGUGUCUCGAAGCUCUAAGACUUCAACAUAAGAUUUGUAAUUGCAGACCCUUAGAAUUUAAUACUAGGUUAUUGGAAGUAGCUAGUUCAGUCGGUGCUAAACUCCUAGUAAGGAAAAUUCGAAUACGACUGUCUCGUAUUUACCAUGCCUUAGGAGAUGAGGACCAAAAACUUCAUCAUGAACGACUUGCUCUUAGAAUUCAAGAGGAUUUAGAUCUCCAAUGUGGUGGAUGUGGCUCACCCUAUGGUCUAGAAGGUGAUUCUCUUGAAGCCCUGCCUUGUGCCCAUAUCCUACACGCAAGAUGUGCCUACGAACUGUUCAAAAGGAAUAAGAAGAAGAAAAGGUCUUGCCCAGAUUGUGACCGUACUAGCUCUAGACUAUACCUGAACUGUAAUGAUUACAAUAACAUGACGUACAGUCCAAUUCCACUGUCCAUUUGUUCUUCCGACAGUCACUGUACAUCACAUCAAGCCAUCAGUUCUGUCUAAAAAUUUGUAUUUUAAGAACAAUCGCAGUCUUUUAUAUUAAAAUAAAAGAAACAAUCAGAAUCUACUCACUUGAAACAACGUACGGUCAUUUAAAAUACAGAAAUAUUAUGUCCAAAUAAACGAAAGUGAAAAUUUCGAUGUCAACUAAAUUAUAUCCGUAUAAAAAAUAUUAAAAAUUUUAUUAAUAAAUGACAAAAUAAUAAAUGUAACUCCAGUUUACUAAAUUAUUUUAAGAGUUCCUGAUUAUUGAAGUUUCAAUUCAAACAAAUGUUGUUGAAAUGUGGUUGAAAUGAUAUGACUAGUCAACACCAGCACUUCUGUCAUUCAUUCAUUUGAUUUGUAGUUACAGAUUAUUUAGAAAUUUUUAUAGAAAGUAAUAAUGUUGUCAGAAAGUUAUCCAAAAUAACAUACUAGCAAAAUAAAUAAAUAAAAUCGAUUUAAA